AUGGACAAGGCUAAUGUGGUAGCAGAUGUCUUGAGUCCGGAGGCAGUGGGUAUGGGGAGUUUGGCUUACUUGCAGGAGCGACCUAUGACUUUAGACAUUCAGUUCUUAGCCAAUCAAAUGGUUAGACUUGAUAUUUCUGAGCCGAGUAGAGUAUUUGCUUCUGUAGAGGCUAGAUCUUCCUUGAUAGAGUAUAUUCGGGCACAACAAUGUGAUGAUCCACAGUUGAGAGUGAUUUGGGAUAAGGUUCUUAGCGGCGAGGCUAGGAAGGAGACCUUAGAUUCGGAGGGCAUCUUGAGGAUUGAGGGUCGUAUCAUUGUACCUAAAGUUGAGUCUGUGGCAAUUCUAGACAGGCAGGUUAGACAGUUGCAGUCUAAAAAGAUCCCAUCUUUGAAGGUUCAGUGGAGGCACCAUUUGUUUGAGAAGGCAGCUUGUGAAAGAGAUCUUGAUAUGCAAACUCGGUAUCCUCAUCUCUUUGAGCCUUCAGGUUUUGCCUUUGUCUUACUUUAA